AUGCCCCCCCAACGGCGACGACGGGCGGCAGUCCCAGACGACGAAGAUGAAGAGAUGCCGAUGCAGGCUGAGAGCCCCGACGGUGGCGACUCGGACGGUGGCGACCCGAUGGAGGGUAUUGAGCGGGCCGAGUCGAGCCAGCUUAUCAAGAAGCUUGUGCGCUACGCCCUCGCCUGCGAGUACUCGCGGACACCCAUCCGCCGCGACGGGAUCAAGGAAAAAGUACUUGGGCCCCAGGGAAGGGAGUUCAAGAAAGUGUUUGCCGGGGCGCAGAAGCAGCUUAGGGCCGCGUUCGGUAUGGAGAUGAUAGAGCUGCCAGCGAGGGACAGGAACCUCUUGACUGCCGAUCAAAAGCGAAAAGCGGCCAAAUCACAAAACCACAAAGAGCCAUCAUCAAACUCAUACAUGCUCGUUUCGGUCUUGCCCGAAGAUUAUCGGGCCCCGGCUAUCAUUGCGCCCUCCAAAGUGCAAUCCGCGGACGGUGAAGCCUCGUACGUGGGGCUGUACUCUCUUAUCAUCGCAAUAAUCACACUGAGCGGAGGGGAGCUCAGCGACCCGCGUUUUCGGAGACACCUCGCGCGGCUCAAUGCUACCGAGAACAUGCCCAGUCUUAACCCAAACAAUGAGAACGCGCCAAACGAGAAAACCGAGGUCGUGCUGCAGCGGAUGAUCAGGCAAGGAUAUCUCGUGAGAGUGACGGAAGCGAGGACGCAGGACGACGAGGACUCGACGACCUGGCACGUUGGGCCGCGCGGCAAGAAGGAGGUCGACGGCGAGUCGGUUGCGUCAUUGGUCAGAACAAUAUACGGCGGAUCGACCGAUGAGCUGGAGAAGAAGCUGCAAGCGAGCCUGAAGGUUAAGGACCGGAAGACAAAUGUGGCAGCCGUCAUCGAGGACGAGGAAGUCCCGCAGGUGGCGCCCGCUGCGGCCGGGCCAAGCUCGAGACGGAGGAGUAGAAGGAGACCGGCAUCCGAGGAAGACGACAACGAGUGA